AGUGCUAGUCCACAACGUAGUGCGGAGUGUUCUUUCUGAGUUCGUUAAAUAAUUUUUCCAGUGUGCCUUUUAAAAACAAAGUUUAGUGUGAAGAUGGCUUUCAAGUUUGUAGUGUUUGCAUCCCUGUUGGCUUUCGCCGCUGCCUACCCCGGUGGAUACGAAGAUUACUACGGUGAGCAGGAGGUUGACCAUCAGUACGGACAGGUCGCACGGGUUUCGAUCGGAGACGCCGGUCAUGGACAUCACGAGUAUGCCCACCACGAGGAUGAACACGUUGACUACUAUGCCCCGCCAAAGUAUGCCUUCAAAUACGGAGUGAACGACUUCCACACCGGUGACGUCAAGAGCCAACACGAAACCCGCGAUGGAGAUGUUGUUAAGGGCCAGUACUCUCUGGUGGAACCGGACGGCUCGGUGCGUACCGUCGACUACACCGCCGAUAAACACAGCGGAUUCAACGCCGUCGUCCACAAGACUGCCCCUGUGGCCCACCACGGGGAUCAUUUGAUUGUGCCGUACAAUCUUCAGACCAAGGCAGAGAAUCCCCACGGGAUCGUGACGCCGCGGGUGACGGGCGACGCAGCAGAGGCAGCAGGAAAUCCCCACGGGUGGCUCCGGGCGAAGCGAGCGGCGGUACGGCACGACGAGAAUGCCGUUGAGUAUUUCCGGCUGGCGGACAGAUCACUCCCUGAUCGUGGUGAUAUGAUGACAUCUAACUCCAGCAACAAAAUACGUAUAAAAGCGUCCGACCGCUGGAGGAUCGAUAUCAUUCACAGUUCAGAACCCCGUCUCAGAGCGUUAGAAGCAAUUCUUGCCAAACAACCAACACUUAAAAUGGCUUUCCUUAAAUCCGUUGUGUGCAUUGCUUUCCUCGGAGUUGCCGCCGCUGGACUUGUCCCACUGGCCGGAGAAUACAAGGGAGAUUACUAUUCCCACCCACAGUAUACCUUCAAUUAUGGAGUACAAGACGGUCUGACCGGAGAUGUGAAAUCUCAGGUAGAGAGCCGUGAUGGUGAUGUUGUGAAGGGACAGUACUCUCUGGUUGAACCCGAUGGCUCGGUCCGCACUGUUGACUACACCGCCGAUGACAUUAACGGAUUCAACGCAGUCGUCUCCAAAUCUGGCCCAUCGGUCCACGCUGCCCCAGCUGUUGUUGCCCAUGCCGCCCCAGUUGUGAAGACCAUUGCAGCCGCCCCAGCCGUCUACGCCGCUCAUGCCCCAGCUGUCGUUAAGACCGUUGCUGCUGCUCCAGUCGCUUAUGCCGCCCAUGCCCCAGCCGUCUAUGCUGCCCACGCCCCAGCUGUUGCCUAUGCUGCUCAUGCCCCAGCCAUCGUGAAGACUGUUGCUGCUGCUCCAGUCGCAUACGCUGCCCAUGCUCCAGCCUCUUAUGCUGUCCAUGCCCCAGCCGUUGCUUAUGCUGCCCAUGCCCCAGCUGUCUAUGCUGCCCACGCCCCAGCUCAUGCUUCCGUUGAAUACCACGGAAACAUCGCUGCCUACCACCACUAAGACCACCCAACCAACCAAAUUCACUCUAGUUCCGCUUGGAAACGAACCCGCUUCCUAAGCUGCUAUCAAUCAGUGUCGGUUCCUCGUCUGUGCACUGCCAACCGAUAUUUAUUUUAACUCCCCUACUCUGUGGCCUCCCAAAAACCCCUCAUUUGUCCCAUCACCAAUUGCAAAACAAUUGCACCGCCCCAUCGAUAGCAGCUUCGCAAGCGACACGGCUGGUGUGGAAAACGACCGACGAAAGGAAACACGAUUGUAUGUAUGUAAAAAACGAGAAGAUGACUCUAGCGCUGCCACCGGUUCUGAAACGUGAUUGUACUCUUAAUCUCGAUUUAGAUUUUAGUCAGACGGUUCCAGUCUCUCCUGCACCGGACGGUUGACGAACGGAAGCUGAUUGUAUCGUCAUCCGUACGGUGGUGCAUGUCCCCGUUCGCUGUUUCACAGGCAGAACGAAGACUACCGUAGAGACCGGAAAGCGUCAUUUUUUUUUCAACCUUGCUGCUAAUAUUUUCUAGCUGGGUGAUACACAGCUCGAAAAUGUGACCUUGCUACGCAAAAUACUCAUAUGUACAUUCAAUUAGAUGUUUUUUGUUUUUUGUUUUAUUAUGAUUUUGAAAUUUGAAACUUAUCGUGUCUAAAAUGAAUAGAUGGACGACUUGUACAGAGAUGUAUGCCGAUGAUGAUAUUAAUUUUAAUAUAAGAAUAAUUUACAAAUCGCUGAAA